CAACGUAUAACGUCAUGUUCCAAGCGGAGUAGAUUUUGUAGAUUCUGUAUAUUUUUUUAUGCUCAAAUAAACGUUAUAUUCCACUAGCAUUUUUAUGUUACUAUACUUUUCGUCUUCGGAUUAUAUUCUUAACGUUAUAUACAAGCACAUUUUUUCUCAUAAUCUUCUCCUUCGCUUAUUUAUCCCUUGGUGAAGGAAGCGAGGUGUAACGUUAGCUAUUUUGCUAGCUAGUAUCCGUUAGCUAGCAGUAGCCAGCUAACUCGAGCUAUAUGUUUUUUAAACGUGAAAAAUGUCGGUAGAACUAAACAGAAAUACAAGUGUGUGCCGGAUUUGAUCACUUAUACGCGAAGGGGAAGCAACGUUUCAUGAAGAUCAUCGAACCCUUGUUUGGAAAGGAAAUCUCUAGCAUACCACCAGCAGCAUCGCUAGCGAAAAACAAUACGAAUCCUGAAUCGUUUUCAUCCACCACUGGGAAAGGCAAGGGGCAAGAAUCUAAUUAAAGGCCUAGCAAGUUAGCUAGGAAAGGGUGGACUAGCUUGGUGACAAGAGCCUCCCGGUAGACCGAAGGUAGGCACAGCAGCCUGGAUCGGUGAGCCCCGACGUCACCCCAGCUGGUCCCUCGCUCCAGCCUGAACCAUGUGAGGGGCAUCUCCAGUUGCCCAGAGAGGACCCCUCUCCCCCCCAAAAAACAAGAGCUCCAGAGACAGACGAACCCCAGAGGAGGGUCGCCAACAGACCCCUGCGCCUGACUGAAACAGACUCUCUCCCCUCACCCCCCUCUCCUUCCCCCAUCUCCCCCCCCACACCAAAUCCUCCCCUCUCAAAGCCCUCCCCACACUAGCAGUAUUGCUCUCCACCCUUCAGCAACGUCCUGUUCCCGAAAGAGGGACCAGUCAUGAUGUUCCGUGACCAGGUGGGCAUCCUGACGGACUGGUUCAAGGCGUGGAAUGAGUGCGAGCAGACAGUGGCACUGUUGUCGCUGUUGAAACGUGUCUCGCGCACCCAGGCCCGCUUCCUACACAUCUGCCUGGAGCAUUGGCUGGCCGACUGCACCGAAAUCCAUGUGCUGGAGGCUGAGGCCAACAACGCAGCCAUCGUGAGCCAGUGGCAGCAGGAGCCCAAGGAGAAGGCCGUGUCGCUGCUGCUCUCGCACCUGCCGCUGCUGCAGCCACGCAACAGCGAGGCCAAGUGCGAGUACAUGAAGCUGCUACAGAAAGUGCUGAGCCACACCAUCGAGAGCAGCCUGUUUGUGGAGGAGAGCCGGCAGCUGCUGUCCUACGCUCUCAUUCACCCGGCCACCACGCUCGAUGACCGCACCUCGCUGGCCAUGUGGCUCAACCACCUUGAGGAGCACCUUUCGGCUCGCCCGCCGCCGCCACCGCCGUCACAGCAGGGUGGGCACCACUACCAGCACCUGAGGCAGGGUUCGGACGAGUGGGCGUGCCCGCCCGAGGUGCAGGAGGCGGCCCAUGCCUGGCACGAGCAGCAGGCGCCCCCCUCGUCCUCGUGCAGCUCGCCAGCCGGCCAGAAUGGGCACCUGCCUUUCCACGGCCCCGGGGGUCUUCCGUCGCCCAUCAACUGUGGCAACGCAGGCAUGUCAGUACAGAUGCAGCCAAGCCCGCUGAAGCGGUCUAUGUCCCUGAUCCCGGCCUGCGGCUCUGAGUGGCUGAGCCCCUCGGAUGAGCUGCAGCAGCAGGGGAGCCGGCAGGCCCCGGCGGGCCCCGACCACGCACCGCUCUCCCCCCAGAGCAGCGUGGCCUCCUCCGGCAGCGAGCAGACCGAGGAGCAGGGCUCCGCGCGCAACACCUUCCAGGAGGAUGGCAGUGGCAUGAAAGAUGUGCCCAUGUGGCUGAAGAGCCUUCGGCUGCACAAGUACGCCUCACUUUUCUCCCAGAUAACCUACGAUGAGAUGAUGACCCUCUCCGAGCACCAUCUGGAGUCUCAGAACGUGACCAAAGGAGCACGGCACAAAAUUGCCCUGAGCAUCCAGAAGCUUCGCGAGAGGCAAAGUGUCCUGAAAUCUUUAGAAAAGGACAUCCUGGAGGGAGGAAACGUGCGGAACGCACUACAGGAGUUGCAGCAGAUCAUCAUCACGCCCAUCAAAGAGUACGCCCCAGCCAGCAUCCACCGGGAGGCCGAGCCCGGGGCCACACUCCUAGACAAGGCACUCAAGGGUGCGGAAGAGAAGGAGGGGCCAGCGGAGAGCUUCCAGUCCAACAGCCCCUCCACUUGCGACAGCGAGUCCUCCAUCGCGCCCAUCGGAGACGGAGACAUCGCAGGCCAGUUCACCCGCGUUAUGGGCAAAGUGUGCACGCAGCUGCUGGUGUCUAGACCGGACGAGGAGAACAUCAGCUGUUACCUUCAGCUAAUUGAGAAGUGCUUGGCACACGAGGCUUUCACAGAGACGCAGAAGAAGAGGCUGGCCUCCUGGAAGCAGCAGAUGCUGAAGCUGCUGCGCCUUUUCCCCAGGAAAGCCAUGUUGGACAUGCCCAUGUACCGCCAGAAAGGCUGGGCGUACGGCUCUAACUCCCUCCCCACAGCUGGCUCUGUGAGUGGGGCGUUGGGCCGGCGGGGGCAGAGGCAGUUCCAGAUGCCCCCGCGGGGGAUGCCGCCGGGGCGCAUCGGCCUCAUGAGUCCAGGGGGCAUGGGCAGCGCCUCGCCCCGACACACCCUCACCAACCCUGCACUACCUGGCCAGGGCAGACAGAAUCUGUGGUUUGCCAACCCGGGAGGCAGUAACAGCAUGCCCAGCCAGAGCCGCAGCUCUGUGCAGAGGACCCACUCGCUGCCUGUGCACACCUCCCCACAGACCAUGCUCCUCUUUCAGCAGCAAGAAUGCCAAGUGCCGGGCACAGACCUGGAGAUCAACCCCACGCUGGAGUCCCUUUGCCUCAGUAUGACGGAGCACGCCUUAGGGGAUGGAAUGGACAGAACGUCAACAAUAUGAAAACCUAAAAGCAAGUGAAAAGAAACCGACAAAGCAAGAAAAAAAAAAAAAAACAGCAACAGCUACACUUUGUACCUGAAUCAUGAGUGGUCCAGCACAUAUGUAUAUGCUUAAAAAAAAAGUUGCAAGGAAAAAGAAAAGGAAGAAAACGAUUCACUACAAGAAAUGACAACAAACUAACUGUGUAUAUGUUCUCUGAUAUUUUUCUACUUUAUUAUACUUAACUAAGUUUAUUAUAAGUGGAAUACAAAUGACUAUUAUAUAACAGGAGAGAGUGUGAGAUAGAGGGGGUUCUGGGUGGAGUAGUUAGUAAAUGCAUCAGAUCAGUUUCUUUUGCUGACCUUCAGAUAGAAAAGGUCAAUGUGCCCCCCACCCCCUCCCCCUGGAGGAAAAAGAGGGAUUGGUGCUGUUUUAAGGGGGAUUAUGCCCUGCAUUCGUUUUUUUUCUCCUCUCUUUUCCUCCUUGUUAAAUGGGCAAAACAGGAGGAUGUUCACUUUUGCAACACUGCCCCUUAUGCACACCCAAAUCCCUCAAUCCCCCCACACACACACACACACACACACACAUAAUCUACCAUCAUGCAUGGUUUACACACACACACAAGUACAGAAGAACAUUUUGAACAUUAUUAUCGCAUACAUAAUCCCACAUACCCACAUCCAUUCACACAUAUAUAUGCCCCACCCCACACACACACAUUAGAGUGGGAGCCCCUAGUCGAGUCCCAAGAUUACUCACGGCACUCCCCCCAUCAACAUGGUGAAUCCCAGGCAUGCCAGUCCAUGCCCUCACUCUCACUGCACCCUAUGUUAGCUCUUGAACGUACACAUGAAUAAUGACCUUUGACCCCCUCGCUUCCCGACCCCUCAACACAAGUAACUCUAAGGGCCGCCUUUGGCACAAACAGGACCAAUCGGGGCCCACUAUUUAUAACCACGCUCACUUCAAAUACCUGUGGCAGUCGGUAUUUAGUGCUCAACUCAAGUGAUGAGGAAUCUUCCACAAGAGCCAAGGGCACUCAGCACAAAAAGCUGGCCCUGAGCUCUUGCCUAAAGCUGGCCAAAGUGGACCUCCCAUCAUCCUAGGUCUUACGGGGUACUUGAGCACUGUACGCUUCUGGGAGUCACACUGGCCUGCAAGACCCCCCCCCAAUAAAAGGGUGAGGACAGAGAGGUGUGGACGUAUGGGAGAUUUUUGUUUUUGUGUUACAGGGCAGGGUGACUGUUGUGUUUUUUGUACCUCUUUUUUUUUUUCCAGAGCUGGACUCGUCAUAUUUUGAUGUUUUGAAAUGAAAUAUCAAAGCAUGUUCACAUCCCCCCCCCCUUUUUUUGUCUUGUUCCUUUUAAACCUGGUUUCAAUUGAGAAAGAUAAAGCAAAGAAAAGCAACACAAAUUCUUUUCCCAUCUCCUAUCCCCUACCAGCCCCCACCUACCCUGGUCCUUCCCCAGGUCCCUCCUCCUCCUCCUCAUUCAAGUCCCCUCUCCCAGUCACUAGAGAAGCCAGUUUUAGGAGAUUUGAUGAAUCACGUCAUAUGAAGGUGGCCCUGAAUGCUUAUGUUUUCAUUUCUCCACAUCCACACAUCCAGGUGCAGUCUUAAGCAAGCCAUUUCACUGGAACAUGUAAGAGUGGAGAUGCUUGUAUAGUACUUAUUUGGUCUUAAUUAUUAUUAUUAUUAUUAUUAUUAUUAUUUUGUUUUGUUUGUUUUUUUUUUCCUUCUUUUGGAUCCCUCCUUCAUUCCCCCUUUGUCAGGGAAGAAAAAAAGAAAGACAGGGUUUCCAUAUUUCCUCAGAGGGCCUUGGCUGGUCUGUUUAUCUAGUAAAACUUUGUUAUUUACCAACACACCUCAUCUGCGCUCAUUUGUUCAUCCUCCAUGGAAGUUCUUUGUGUGUGUGUGUGUCUCAUCAUGCAGAUUGUCAUCCAGCAGAAAUAAACACCAGGGUUUCACAUGUUACAUUCACAACCUCAAAGGUUUUGAAGAAGGUUUCAAACUGUUAUCAUGGUUGAAAGACUGCAGGCCUUCUCUUAUUGGUCCAAAACACAUACAUGCAUGUUCAUUACACCUCUACUAUGUGUCCUCCUCUCACUCAAAAUGUCUCAUACCCCUUGAGUUAAACACACACAUAUACACGGACACACUCACUCACACAUACCUUAUGCCAUUUCAUUACCCUGUUGAAAACGACCAAACCAUUUUAUUACACAUAUUGGACUGACGGGGGAUAUUCAUGGAUUGGUGCGUAUUUGGCAGAUUUAAAGGGUAUAGUAUGUGUCAUUUUAGUUAGUUUGACUUGAAGACCUCACUUAUUUGAGUAUGGAUUUACAGGCCAGGGAGAGUUUAAUUCCUACUUUACUUUUAUGAGAUGUCACUUGAGUCCAUUGUCAAAAUUUGCAAAAACUGCUGAUGAGCUGUAAAUGACACAGGUUAAGUAAGAAAAAAAAGAAAGUUCUUGGCCAUUCACUUUAUUUUCCGUUCAAAUAGUCAGCUUCAUGUCCAGAGUCUCAUUUACAGGUUACUCUUUCCAUCUUUCAUCACAUUGAUCAACAUAAAUAAUUUCCCCCUUUUUCAUUUUGACUGAUGUAUGGACAGUAUGGGCACUUAAAAGGCCUAAUCCCUUCACUCUGCUGAGAAGUUCAUUGCUCUCUGAGUUUUAAAGUAUUGAUUACAAUAGUAAGGAACAGUAGGAUUCAGGUAUACAUUGUAAAAAUGUGGUUGGGCUAAUCCUAAUUGGUCCAUUUAGAUGUAAUCCAGAGGGCUAUAUGCGGUCAAGCCAAGGACAACAAAUACAGAAGAGUUUGCAGGGAGCAGCAACUUCUAUGGCAUGUAUUUGUAAAUAUGUGUGCAAAAUGUAUGCAUUAUUCUUAGCAGAAAUGACCCAAAGAGGGUUGUCAACUAUAGGUUUAAGUUUAUCACUAGCCAUGUAUCACCUCAGCACCAGCAUCAGCCUAUGUGUGGCAUAGCAAUUUAGCCUCAUUUCCACAUAGACCGUGUGUACUGUGAACACCCCCCACCUCCCCAAAAGCAGGUAUUCCACUUCUGCUAAAUGAAGCAAGCAACAUUCAACAACAAUAAAAAAAAGGAAAAAAAUA